AUGGCUCACCAAAUAGCGUCUAGAGUAGGGCCUGAUGGCGUCCCGUCGCAAGAUGAUUGGAAGAGCAUGAAUGAGAUUGUUGAAAAGAAAAGGGCUCAGAAUCGCUUGGCUCAGCGAAAUUAUCGUAUGUCGAAAUGUCAAGCGAAGGAUAGAAGAGUUGGAAGAACAGGUGGCAACGCAGGCCAGAUUGCUAGCGAUGUUCAUUCGAGUAUGGAUAGUAAUCUUGGUGCAUCCAUUCAAGAAAGGGAAAAGGAGCAAAGUCCACCGCUGUCUACUCCAGAAAAUGAGCUUUUCUUGAAUUCAGAAGGCGCUUGCAGAUCAGAUUCGGUCAUUGAUAACAUAUGGUACUGCCACACGCAAGGAGGUGGCAAUGAACAAAAUGAAGACUUCUACGCUCAUCUGGGCACGCAAGUAGCUGAUAGAACCCCUGUUCCAGUGCGAGUUGAAAAGGAGUUCUCGUCAAGAGGCGAGACGCACCGCCACCCUAUGAGCCCAAAGUCCCCUACUCAAUAUACCAACCUGAAUAUGGGGAUGCUUAACGACAUACACCUCCACUCGCCUAUUGAUUCUUUUCAAUUCUCUCAUGGCCAUGUUCAGGGUCGUGAGACUGUGGACCAACGGCGUGGAACUGAGCGUGCAAGUGACUCGCCUGGCUCAAUGAGUGAAGACACACUAUUGACAGAUGGCGAUGCAACGUUCGAGCAAACGAUAGAAGAGAAAAUUGAAUACCUGAUCCGCUGUGCUCAUAGAGCAGGAUUUCAGGACCUCGAUUCAGCCAUAACCACUUUCUACACAGCUCAGUUCGACGAAGACUCAGAAAGCUCGGUCGCACAGUACAUGAGCCGGAAGAAAUGUCUGCCGAAUCUUUUAGAAGAGCUACGCGGCAAAACCCAUUCAUGGAAGGCCCGAGAGCUCCAGCCGUACCAGAACGAGGUCUUGAAGUCAGCAGAGCACCUACUAAUUGGCGAAAUACGAUCACAGCAGAGUGCUAGAUUGCAGAAGAUCCUCUCCAGUUUACUGUCAAGUGGUGGCGGCGGCGGCGGCAAAUGGGGCGCCAUAUCUUGUCAGCUUCAGGAUGAAUUACCUUAUCUAUGGUCUCUUCUGACCGCUUUGAUCAUGCAGGGACACCAAAGACCGCGAUUUCGACAGCAGUUACGCUUCAUUUUAGCGAUUAUGUCGCUGCUAUUUGUGUCCGAAUCUGAAACACCUGGCGAAAUAAAGAUUAAGUAUGACGGGAAAUGA